GCAACCCGCAGCAAUCGACCCCGCACCGCGCUCCACAAUGAAUGAGCCGUCACAACGGAGUAAUUAAGGAGGGGAGCUUCGCCAUGAGGUCUGUUCCCUUAGCACUGGGUGCCUGAAGCAUGGCACAGUAUCCCUUCACUGGGGGGAUGGAUGUGUGGGUGAUCUCAGUUGAUGAGCGGGCCAAACAUGACCAGCAAUUCCUCAGCCUCAGCCCCACGCCAUCAGGACACAUCACUGGUGACCAGGGUAGGAACUUCUUCUUGCAGUCUGGCCUUCCUCCUGCAGUGUUGGCCCAGAUAUGGGCGCUGGCGGACAUGAACAGCGAUGGGCGUAUGGACCGGCAGGAGUUCUCCAUCGCCAUGAAGCUGAUCCGGAUGAAGCUACAAGGCUUCCCUCUGCCCCCCUCCCUGCCUCCCUCCCUCCAGCAGCCGCCCGUGCCCCCCUCCUUGCCCCCCUCCCUGCAGCAGCCUCCAUUACCCCUGCCACUGCCCAGACAGCCACACCCGCCCUGUGGUGUGUCUCCCAUCUCCUUCUCUCGCCUGGGAGUGUCCCCGCCCCUCAUCUCAUCCUCCCCGCCCCCCUCGUCUUCACUGGCCAAUGGCACGCCGCCUCCCCUCUUACCGCCAAUCACAGGCCUUGCUCACACAGCUGGUAAGAGGGGCUCUCCUCUGGGCCGCUGCAGUGCUAAGGGGGAAAUGGCUCCCUCUACAGACUCUCCCAGUUCUCCUGCUACUCCCCCUGCUGGUGACUGGGGAGUGCCACAGUCUUCUCGUCUGAAGUAUCGCCAGCUCUUCAACAGCCACGACAAGAUGAUGAGCGGACACCUCACAGGUCCUCAGGCCCGUACCAUCCUGAUGCAGUGCAGUCUGCCCCAACCCCAACUGGCCUCUAUAUGGGAUCUGUCCGACGUGGAUCAUGAUGGGCGCCUGACCGGGGAGGAGUUUAUCUUGGCGAUGCAUUUGAUUGACAUGGCCAUGAGCGGCCAGCCCCUCCCACUCAGCCUGCCCCCAGAGCUGAUCCCGCCCACUUUCCGUAAGAGGGGUUCCGUGGGGGGUGUGAGUGUGUCUCUGUCGGCUCAGAGCAGCCCAGAGCGACGCCUGUCAGAGGAGCCACCAGAUGACCUGCCACUCACAGACAAGAAACCACCAGUGACCCUGGAGGACAAGAAGAGGGAGAACUUUGAGCGAGGGAUGGCGGAGCUGGAGCGGAGGAGGCAGGCCCUGGAGGAGGUGCAGCGGGAGGAGCGGGUGAAGAGGGAGAGGGAGCAGAGGGAGGAGGAGGAGCGCAGAGAGAGGGAGCGCGCCGAGGAGGAGCGGCGCAAGAGACAGGAGGAGGACAAGCUGAGGGAGGUGGCCAGGAGACGCGAGGAGGAGAGACGCAAGGAGAUGGAGCAGAAGGAGGCUGCCCAGAGGGAGUUGUGUCGUCAGAGGGAGCUGGAGUGGGAGAGGAGCAGGAGAGAGGAGCUGCUGGCCAUCAGACUCACACAGCAGCAGAGUCUCAACACACUACGCACACAGAGGAACACCCUGCGCAGCCAGCUAUACGCACUGUGUGAGAAGAAGCAUCUCCUUGAGGGGAAGUUGAAGGACGUUCGAUUCCGCCUGUCAGCCCUGAAGCUGGACACCGAGUCCACCAAUCAGACGAGAGAACAGCGCAUCACCGAGAUCAUACAGCUACAGAAACAACUACAGGGCUGUCAGCAGUGGCUGGGCAGUAUGAUUCCUGAUAAGCAGCAACUCAAUGAGCAGCUCAAGCACACACAACUCAACAGCCUGCACAACAACACGCUGCUGAUGCUGACGAAAGCCGUGGAGCUGAAGCAGUCGUCACGGCAACAGCUGAUGGAGCAGCUGGAGACAGUGGAGACGGAGACGCGAUCCAAACUACAGCAGAUAGAAGAGUUUAACACACAACUCAAGGAGUUGCGUGAGAUCCACAGCCAGCAGCAGAAGAAGAGAGAGCUAGCUGCAGACGGGACAGCGCCCCCUCUGGCAUGGAUGAACAGCGGCAACGGGCAGCAACAGGAGAAGAGAGAGCUAGCUGCAGACGGGACAGUGCCCCCUCUGGCAUGGAUGAACAGCGGCAACGGGCAGCAACAGGAGAAGAGAGAGUUGGCUGCAGAUGGGACAGCGCCCCCUCUGGCAUGGAUGAACAGCGGCAACGGGCAGCAACAGGAGAACAGAGAGCUAGCUGCAGAUGGGACAGCACCCCCUCUGGCAUGGAUGAACAGCGGUAAUGGGCAGCAACAGCAACAGGAGAAGAAGAGAGAGCUGUCUGCAGACAGUACGACAUCUCCUCUGGCGUGGAUGAACAGCAGCGGGCCACAGCAGGAGAAGAAGAGAGAGCCGUCUGCAGACGAGACAGCGCCCCCGCUGGGGUGGAUGAACAGUGGCAACGGGCCACAGCAACAGGAGAGGCAGGGAGAGGCAGAGAAGAGAGAGCAACACAACCAGCCCUUUCCCAAACAGCCUGGCACCAGCGCUUCACACUCACCCGUCGUGGUUCAGGAGCGUGUGCGGGUGGUUUUCUUCAGGGCGUUAUAUCCCUUCGCUGCUCGCAGCCAAGACGAGAUCACCAUACAACCUGGAGACAUCAUCAUGGUCAGAGCCGAGUCGGUGGAGGAGUGUCAGGGUGGUGCUCUGGGGUGGCUGGGGGGAGAGCUGAAGGGCCGCACCGGCUGGUUUCCCGCCAACUACACCGAGAGAAUCUCCAACGCAGACGUCCCCGCAGAACUCAGGCCGGGCACCCCCUCCUCUUCGUCGUCCUCCUCCUCCUCUUCCUCCUCCUCCUCCAAGCCACAGCAGGCCAAAGCCCCUGCGCCCUCUGACCCCAAGACAGCAGUAACCACGGCGACCUUCCCCCCCUCUGAGACCGGCCCUGCCCCCGCCCCCGCCCCCUCCACCGCCUCCUCCACCGGUUGGGCAGACUUCAGCUCAGCAUGGCAGUCUAGUGAGCAGUGUGAGCCUGCUGUGUCUGAUGGUGGUGACGUGUGGCCGUCUCAGGCCUCUCUCUCGGUGCCCACUAGAGGGCGCCCACUACACCAGAGAUCAGCCUUCAGCAGAGCCAACCUCAACAACAACAUCCUCACACAGGUCCAGCGUGGCGAGGGUGUAUGUGGUGGUGGGGGUGGGGGUGGGGUGUGCGUGGAGGCGGUGUACGGCUGGCGGGGGAAGCAGAGUAACCACCUGAGCUUCAGCAAGGGGGCCCACCUACGCCUGCUGGAGCUGCAGGACCUCUGGUGCUUCGGGGAGUACCAGGGACGCCGCGGCUGGUUCCCCAAGUCCUACGUCAAACUCAUACCCAGCAGAAACUCUGAAUCUGCUGCGUGUCAGCCUCUGACAUCCCCAAGCUCAUCUAGACGAAGUACAGAUGGAGGAGAGGAGUUCAUAGCGAUGUUUACGUACGAGAGCAGUGAGCCGGGUGACCUGACCUUCCAGAAGGGUGACGUCAUCAACGUGCUCAGGAGAGAAGGUGAUUGGUGGACGGGGAGCGUUAAGGACCGGACAGGAGUCUUCCCGUCCAAUUACGUACGAGCCAAAGAUGCCAAGGGCCUGUGUCCCUCAGGAAACGCUGCUGGGCUCGGCCGAAAGCCAGAGAUGGCCCAGGUGAUUGCUCCGUACUCGGCCACAGGUGUGGAGCAGCUCUCCCUGCUGCCUGGACAGCUGCUCUGCAUACGCAAGAAGAACCCCGAGGGCUGGUGGGAGGGGGAACUACAGACGCAGGGAAAGAAGCGGCGGAUUGGCUGGUUUCCGGCCAAUUACGUAAAGCUAGUGAGCCCCCACAGUGGAAUGGCCACGCCCACAGGAAGCGUCUCCCCCAAACUACACGUGCUCAAACCAGUGGCGGUGUGUCAGGUGGUGGCUCUGUUUGACUAUGCGGCUCAGAACGAUGACGAGCUGCCGUUUGGGAAGGGACAGGUGAUCAACGUGCUGAGCAGGGAGGAGGCUGAUUGGUGGAAAGGAGAGCUCAACGGUUCCGUGGGCUUGUUUCCCGCCAACUAUGUCAAGCUCACCUCCGACACGGACCAGCAGAGAGGACAACAUCUCCCAUAACUCCCUGUUGCCAUUGUCCCUGCCCUACUGUGCUUUCCCCGCCCAAUGGAAUCAUGGGAGUUGGAGUUCCUGCUGAACAGGGGACUCCAUUGAGGCCCAAGCGCUCCGCUGCUCCUCCGCUAGAACAGUCGUAGUCUGUCAGUGACACAGGUCAAAGAUAUGCAAUGGAUUUAUUUAUUUUUCAUGUUGUAUUUAUUGCCCUUCUCUGCCAGUUUCUAAAAAGUAUUUAUUUAUUGAUUAUUUUGAUGCAAUAAUAUGUAUUUUAGUAUUUUGAAUACCUGUUGAAUUGUAAAAGUAAAAAAAAAAGAAAUGUUGUGUUGUUCGCAAGCACAUACACACACCUACACGCACGAAUGCAGUUUGAACCACAGAUACACACACGCACACGCACACGCACACACACA